GGAGCGGCGGCAGCACCCACCCAGCCCUGCGCAUCCACCCGCCCUGGCACCCGGCGCCGUUAUCGGGGCUGCGGGCGGGCGCUGGCGGCAGGAGAUAGGCUCAGCUGCGGCUCCCGCUCCCGGAUGCCGCAGCGGUGCCUGGGCCGGGGCCAGGGCGACCUACGGUGGAAUUUGGUGGCCAAACGAGUACAGGAAGCCAAGGGCGGGCUCCCCCCCCCGCUGCUCCCCAUGGCUGGAGGUACGCGGCGUCCCCGGCGCUAGAGGCAGCACCCGAGCACCCAGAGGGAUGUGGAGCCACAGAGGCAGCAGAGCCUGCGACUGACACAACCCCUCCGGCCCACAGCUGAAUGGAAAGACAGCAGAAGCAACCACUGACCUCCCCUGGGAGCGUCUGCUCCUCCCGUGGGUCCAGCGUCCCCGGAUCACCCUCCAGCAUCGUGGCCAAAAUGGACAACGAGGUUCUGGGCUACAAGGACCUGGCGGCCAUCCCUAAGGAUAAAGCGAUCCUGGACAUUGAGCGCCCCGACCUGAUGAUCUAUGAACCCCAUUUCACCUAUUCGCUCAUGGAGCACGUGGAGCUGCCCCGGAGCCGAGAGCGUUCCCUGUCUCCCAAAUCCAUCUCUCCUCCUCCAUCUCCGGAGGUCAUCCGGGAAUGGCUGGAGAGCCGGACCCCCGGCAGCACCCCGCAGCCCCCCUCGCGCCAGGGCGGCAGCUCUGCCCGCAGCAGCGUGCAGCACUUCCACAGACCCGAGACCGACACAACAGAGCUCAACAUAUACAAGAAGCCUCCAAUCUACAGGCAGAAAGAGCACCACUCCAGCGCCCACCAUGGGAAGCAUCUCAUAGAGGAUCUGAUCAUUGAAUCCUCCAAGUUCCCUGCGGCACAGCCCCCAGAUCCCAACCAGCCCGCCAAGAUCGAGACCGACUACUGGCCAUGCCCCCCGUCCCUGGCUGUAGUGGAGACGGAGUGGAGGAGGAGGAUGGCCUCCAAGAGAGGGGAGGAGGAAGAGGAGGACCUGACGGAGGAGAUGAAGAACCUGCGGGAGCUCCAGAAGCAGGAGCUGAGCAAGAUCACCUCCAACCUCGGGAAGCUGAUCCUGAAGGAGGAGAUGGAGAAAUCGCUUCCCAUCCGGAGGAAAACCCGCUCGCUGCCGGACCGGACGCCUUUCCACACAUCUCUGCACACGGGGGGCUACAAGAGCUCCUCGCUGCCCGCCUCAGGCAGGAGCACCCUCACCCGGCUGCAGUCGGCAGAGUUCAGCUCAGCAGGCAGCGAGAAGAGCAGCCCUGGCCUGCAGAAUGGCCAGCGUGGACGUAUGGAUAGAGGCAAUUCCCUGCCCAGCAUGCUGGAGCAAAAGAUCUACCCCUAUGAGAUGCUGAUGGUGACAAACAGAGGCCGUGUGAAACUGCCCCCCGGCGUGGACAGGACCAGGCUGGAGCGUCACCUCUCCCCUGAGGAUUUCCUGCGGGUCUUCGAGAUGCCCCCCGAGGAGUUCAGCAAACUGGCCCUCUGGAAGCGCAACGAGCUCAAGAAGAAAGCCUUCCUCUUCUGAGCCCUCCUUCCCCCCCGGAGCCCGCCUGGCCCCGCGCUCAGCCCGUGUCGUGCCCUGUGACCGCUUUAGGGCUCUCAGCCGGUUUUUAUUAGGACCCCCCCACUUCCCA